AUGGCGUCCAACAUAACGAAACGUAUCCUUCGUUGCUUUCUUUUCAUCACCAUGUUCCCUUCAUUUCUUUUUUGUUGCUUUAAUUUCGAUAUUGCAUUUCUUUAUUUCUUUUCCGUCUGUUUAGUUCGACAUUUUUCAUUUCUUGUUUGUUUUGAAUCAUCCCUAUCUAAUUAUUUUCUUUGUUUCUUUAAUUUUUCUUUCAUUUCUUCAUUUCUUUUGAGUUUCUUUAAUUUCGAAUCAUUCGUUUCUUCUUUUCUUGUAUUUGAUUCUUUUACUGAAAUAGAACCAUGUCUUCCUUCAUUUGUUUUUCUUUUAUUUAAUAUCUUUCUUGUCUUGUUACUUUCUUUAAUUUCGAAUCAUUCCUUUAUUCAAUUCUUUUUUAUUUCUUUUAUUUUGAAUGUUGACAUUCUUCAUUUCUUCCUUAUUUCUUCAAAUUUGAAUCAUGUCUUUUUUUUUCUUGUUACUUUCCUUAAUAUAGCAGCAUUCCUUACUUCAUUUCGUUACUUAUUCUUCACAAUUUUCUUUCUUCGCUUUUAUUUAUCUAUUUAUUUAUUUAUCCUCUCUCUCUCUCUCUCUCUCACACAUAAUCAUCCAUUUGUUCUAUUUUAUAUUCUUUUUCUUUCUUUCUUCUGCCAUCUUUUAUUUGUUACACAUUCUUCAAUAUUUCAUCUUCCUUCUUUUUAUUUGUGUUUUAUUUUCUUUCGCAUCUUUCGUACUUUCUCUUAA